GAAAACCAGACGAUUCCAUUCAGAAAUCCACAGUCAAGCUUUGUGUGAGAAGAGCAUAGACGACAAUCCUGAAAGAACGUUUGCAACAGCGUGGAGUGAAACAGAACUUAUUUUCAACAUUGCAAAGGAAUUAAAUCUUCGCAAAUAAAGAACAGACAGACGGACCAGCGUCUCCUGCUGCUACAGUCAGGCAACAUGGAUGGAUUUUAUGACCAGCAAGUCCCUUUCAUGGCCCCCCCUAGUCAGAAUUGUCAUGUGGAAGAACCAGUGAACAUGCCAUUUAACGACCGGAAGAGAAAGUUUGUUGACACUGAGCUCGCCCAGGACACAGAAGAUCUCUUUCAAGACCUCAUGCAACUUCAAGAGACAUGGAUUGCAGAAGCUCAGGUGCCUGAUGACGAACAGUUUGUCCCAGAUUUCCAGUCGGAUAACCUAAUGUUCCAUGGACCUCCAGCCAGUAAAGUGAAGCGAGAGUCCAGUGCCUCCAGAGAUCUGUCCCCCUGCAGUCAGGAACAACAGAGACUCUCUCUCUACACAGACAAGUGCCUUUACAGCUACAGUGCCAACAACAGGAAGCCACUUGGCAUCAAUACUUUAACCCCUCCCUCCACACCCGCCUCACCCUGCAGCCCCACCCCCACCCCGGGGACACACCCCCUACAGAGGCAGAUCACGUCCCCUGUCCAGGCGACACACCCCGGCCACAGUCGUCCGACUCACAGGCACAGCCCCUCCCACCACCGGACACUCCCGCCACACCCGAGCCAAAGCCAGCCUUUCGCCGUGCCCCGCCUACCUGUUCAUCACUCCGAUGCCUCCUACAGCUCAGAACACAGGUUCCAGCGGCAGCUCUCUGAGCCAUUACUGCCUUUCCCUCCGCCUGACGGUGCCGCCUGUACCCCUUACCCCCCUCAGCCCCAUCACCCCCACCGCGCCCCCCUGUCUCGGGACGGCCGCCCCAUCUACCAGCGACACCUGUCAGAGCCCUUGGUCCUCCUCCCUGCUCAGGGCUUCAAGCAGGAGCUGGUGGACCUCCGCUACACCGAGCAGGGGGUCCCCACCAUGGGCCCUCCCCGCACCCCAUUCCAGGGCCUCUCUAUCAAGCAGGAGCCCCGGGAUUUCUGCUUUGACCAAGAAAUGCAGAACUGCCCGUCUUCUUUCAGGAAGUCCGGUAACUUCUACCAAAACAAUGAUGGUUUGGUCUACGACGGAGAGCCUCAUCUGUACAACGACGACACAUGCGUGGUUCCAGAGAGACUAGAAGGCAAGAUAAAGCAGGAGGCCGGAGUGUUCCGUGACGGACCGCCCUACCAGCGCCGAGGUUCCCUGCAGCUCUGGCAGUUCCUGGUCACUCUGCUGGACGACCCGGCCAAUGGUCACUUCAUCUCCUGGACCGGCCGCGGCAUGGAGUUCAAACUCAUCGAGCCCGAAGAGGUGGCCCGGCGCUGGGGCCUUCAGAAGAACCGGCCUGCCAUGAACUACGACAAGCUGAGCCGCUCUCUACGCUAUUACUAUGAGAAGGGCAUCAUGCAGAAGGUAAAGGUGGCUGGAGAGAGGUACGUGUACAAGUUUACGUGUGACCCCGAGGCGCUCUUCUCCAUGGCCUUCCCUGACAACCAGAGGCCCAGCCUGAAGCAGGACCCGGACUGCCUGCCGCCGUCUGCGGGGGAAGAUGACACCACCGUGCCCCUGGCCCACUACGAGGAUGGCUGUGGCUCCUACCUGGCCGACGGAGGGGAGCGGGGCGUCUCGUUACUGGGCUUCCCCGAUAACUACUCCUUCUGAAUGUUCUGACCAAUGACGGCAUAAAGACAGCUGUCAUCUGGUACCCUGCCACACCCCUACCCUACCCCAAACUCUCGUCCCCUAAUUACACACCACUACCCUACCCCUUGUCCCCUAACUAUACACUCCCUCCCUACUCCUCAUCCCCUAACUACACACCACUACCCUACCCCACAUCUCUUAACUACACACCCAGAGCCCAAACCCUAGUCCCUGAACUACACACCGAGCCCAAACCCUAGUCCCCUAACUACACACCCAGAGCCCAAACCCUAGUCCCCUAACUACACACCCAGAGCCCAAACCCUAGUCCCUGAACUACACACCGAGCCCAAACCCUAGUCCCCUAACUACACACCCAGAGCCCUAACCCUAGUCCCCUAACUACACACCCAGAGCCCAAACCCUAGUCCCCUAACUACACACCCAGAGCCCAAACGCUAGUCCCCUAACUACACACCCAGAGCCCAAACCCUAGUCCCCUAACUACACACCCAGAGCCCAAACCCUAGUCCCCUAACUACACACCCAGAGCCCAAGCUGCUGAGUGGAUUUGGAGCUCUCUAACCCCCCUCCCCUACUCCUAUGCCAAACUCAGCUCCUCUUGCCAGUCUUGAGAUUACCCUCCCCAAGUCCCAAGGAAAAAAACAGUCAAACCUGAGAUGGCCGUCUUGCUUCUUCUUUGCCCUCUGUUAUCAAACUGAAUUGUGGCGAAAGGUGUGCGGUCCACAUCCUCAUCAAUAUAAAGUGAACUGAGUGAUCUCCCUUACGGGGGUUGAGCAAGGACACGGUUCACAUGAUUAUAACGGGACUCAAGUAAUGGACACGAGUGUGCCAGGAUUGUAGCCAAUAGCCAUGCAGUUUCCACAAUCUGCUAGGUACGAGUAUGACAAAUAAUGGCGAGGAUAUAAAACAUUGCCCUUUUGAUAUAGCAAUUGUUUUAUGGCUUGAUCCCAAACAGAGUAGUACACUCGACACGCACACAGGGCUUCACCUUGGAGAGAAACUACGACUCCAAUGAACCUUAGUACUACAGGUGGUGAUGUAAUGUAACUCUGUAUGCAAUGAAUGGGCCAAACACACAGGCAACCGACUGUUCUUAUUAAUCCAUAAUACAUCGUACGACUAUAAAGAAGCUGGGACACGAAUACCCCUGAGCAAGUUGCAUUGGCUGGCAUGCCCACUCAUUAAAAACACCAACACACUGAAAUCCAAUCUGAAAUGGGAGAGGUGGACUCAGGACUCGCUAGCUCAGCAUUCUCUUCAGACUCGGGGAAUUGUUUUUUUUUCUCUCACCCAAAAAUGUAAAACCUUUAUGAUGCUGUUUUACUCCUGAUGUUGGCGUGUCCUACCAGAUGUUGGCGUGUCCUACCAGAUGUUGGCGUGUCCUACCAGAUGUAUCUUUCCUUGACGUUUUGUUUAGCUCUUUCAUUUGACUCUUUUUGUCGUAACAUGUAAAAGGGACACGCAUACAAAACAGUAUUUUUCCUGAAGCGUUGACUUCCUAUUAAAAAGUGUGUAUUGAAAAUACAUGUUUAUGUACUAUGAUGACAAAAGUACUGCAACUGUCACGCAGUCCCUUCUCCAAAAACUAUAACUGCCAAUAGUAAGCUAAACAGGGGGGACUCUACUCUUCGCAUUGUUUUCUCACAGAAAGCUGUACCAACCUAUUGCUGUACCAUUCAAAAGUUUUCUGCUUUUUGUAUAGUUUAUCGGGGAGUAUCUGAAACAAACAUCUAAAAUGUAAAUGUAUAUAUGAAUAUAUUUUUGCAAAGUCAUUUGUUUUGACAUUGUACACGCUGGAAUGUUUGGCCUGGUAUCUGGUUUGCAUCCUUUAAUUCUUGUCAUGAAGUUACGGUGUCCAUAUUAGGACACAUCCCUAGUCUCCGCAGGAGUUGUCUGUCAAGUCCUGAAAAGACUGAGGCUGUCCUAAUAUGGACACCGUAUUAAGGCAGUGGGUCGAAGCCUAGAAAGACCUCCCCGUUGACUGAGUGGUGGGCUGUGUCGGCGUCACAUGUGUGUACCAGUAUAUUUUGAUAUGAUUCUGUCUAUAUGUGGGUUGGGGGGUGUCUUGUCCACGACGUUGAGUUUUGCUGGCACUUAUACAAGUGACAACCCCCCCCCCCUUUCCCCACAAAUACAAUGUGUGCCUUCCACUGCUUUUGGUUGAUUUUCUAUACCGGAUACAAUAAACUAUACUUUCUGCUUCAAA